CAUUUUUUCUUCUCCUUGUCUUCAGUGAAAGUCCAUCGUGUCUGUAGAAUCCUUGAUAGCUAAUAAAGCUUGUACUCCUCAAUUGUGUUUUGUUGGGAUUAAUUUAAUUGGAAAUAUUGUUGUUGCUGUUGACUUUCUGCAACAAUCAAUAAUGCGCUGCUAUUAUGAGGUUUUGCAAGUUCCUCAAAAUGCUUCUGAAGAGGAUCUCAAAAAGUCUUAUCGUAAACUUGCCCUUAAAUGUCAUCCAGAUAAGAACAAGGGACGAGAAGAUGAGGCCAAUGAAGAGUUCAAGGAGGUGUGCCAGGCUUACACAACUCUGUCUGAUCCUCAUGAGCGGGCUUUCUAUGAUCGAAACAGAGAGAGCAUCCUCAGAGGAGCAGAUGAAGAAAGUUCAGCCAGUGAUGAGCUAAAUGUCUUCAAAUACUUCAGUUGCAAAUGUUACCCUGGGGCUUUCACUGAUGCUGAUGAUGGAUUCUACACGGUGUACAGAAAAUUCUUCCAGGAUUUAGCUGAGAGAGAUCGAGAAAAUUCAAAGGACCACGACGUGGAUGUGCCUUCUUUUGGAGACAGCUUAUCUGAUCUUGAGGAUGUUGCUGAGUUUUAUGGCUACUGGACAAGCUACUGCACCUCCAUGUCUUUUGCUUGGGCUGAUCAGAUAGACAUCCGGCAGGCCUCCUGCAGAUAUGUGGAGAAGAGAAUUGAGAGAGAAAACCGCAAAUUCCGGGAUAAAGAGAAGAAGCAGUUUAAUGAGCAGAUCCGCAACUUGGUGCUGUUUGUCCGCAAGAGAGACCCUCGGUGGAAGCGACGUCUGGCUGAAAUAGAAGAAAGGAGUCGGGCGGUGGCAGCAAAGCGGGAGGAGCACAGCAAGCGCCAGCUACUGGAGCGGCAGCAGCAGCUCGAGCAGGAUCUGCAGGACGCGGCCCUGCAGAAGGAGAAACAGGAGUAUCUGCGACAGCUCAAAGCCAUGGAAAAAUCAAUGCGGGACGGCGAUGACAGCAGCAGCACUGAUGAGGAUGACGAUGACCUCAUGGACGAGGAGGUGGAGGAGGAGGAUGAAGACUUCACGGAGCUCUCGUGCCCCGUGUGCAUGAAGUUCUUUACGCACGAGAAGGCCAGGGACCAGCACAUGAAGACCAAGAAACAUAAGCUGAAGUGGGCUGCGUUCUUACAAGCUGAAAAUUUGCUCCCAACAGACGACAAUUCUGCACCUGAAAUUGGUUCAAAUAAUGAAGAAGAAGUGCCUGUACAGGAGAUGAAAGUUCAGUCUGACUCCGAGUCGGACGACUACAGACCGAAGACCAGCAUCUCUAAAAAGGAACGCAAACAAAAGAAAUUAGAAAAGAAAAUGCAAAAGAGAAAAAAGAUGCAAUGUCAAUACGAGGACAGCUUGCAACCUAGAACGUCGGAAAGUUUGGGAGACGAAAUCAGUGAAUUAAGUUUAGACGAUGGUGACAAGCAGCCUGGGAGAACAGAAGAACUAAGCCAGCAAGCUGAGUUCUCCCAAGAUCCAAAACUGGGAGACACUGAAGCAGUUUCUAAGCAAAAACCCAUGAAAGCCAAAGCAAAUUCUGCGCCCCCAGUUAAGAAACUAGCCUCUCUUAAAAACCACACAGACGGUGACAGUGAAUCGGUGGUGUCAACCUGUAUGAUUUGUUCCAGCACUUUCACAUCGAAGAAUAAACUCUUCCAGCAUAUCAAAGCGACCGGACAUGCAGCACUAAAAGACGUUUCUUCGGUCAAAAAAGGGAAAGCAAAGAAAAAAUGAAACAAUAAAUAUAUCUGCAAUCGACUAUUCUUAAAGAAACUUUGUAUAAGGUGUCAAUUAUACGAUUAAUUUAU